UUAUUCAUUACAUAUUCGAUGAGAGAGCGAUCGUGCAAUUGUUGCCUUACAUCGAUCAAAAGACAAACUGACCAGUGUGCAUUGUAUUGUUGCUCUAUCUUGGAUGUCAUUCAGUUUUAACGCACAAUUUUUACUCGCGAACUCUGAAUAUAUCAUCUUUUUUUUUUGUUUCAUUUGUUUAUCUGUAACAUUCAACGGCAACGGCUAGUAAUACGAUACAUCUGGAUUGUGAGGGAGACUCAGAGAAAGAGUCAACAAAACGAAACAGACGAAGAAGUAUCAGUUUCAAGGCAACAUAUCGGACCCACACACAAAUAAACCAAAUAAAAAAAAAACGAAAAAUUAACGACGAAAAAAUGUCAAUUUAUUGAAAGAGUUGAUUCAACAAAGAUCAACGGUUUUGCGAUAUGAGUGUAUGUGUAGUGCAUAUGUUUGAAACGGUCAAUUGAAUUUUUAUGAUAUUUAUCGGACAAAGUCGUCGAUUCGAAACCGAAAACGAAAACAAAAAAAAAAAUAAUUUAAAAAUAAACGAGGAGAAUAAAAACAGUUUGAUUUUGCCGAUACGUUUGCAAUAAACAUUGAAAAUCUAGUUCGAAGUAGCCGAAGAUCGCUGUGUUGAUAUGUGUGAAUGAAUUUUGAAGAGUCGAGCGAAAAAAAGGAGCAAAACAUAUAAAUACCAAAAAGCAACGAAUUCAAUGUGAACAUCAUAUACAUGCACAUCAAAGAGCGAUGACGAGCAGCCGGUGUGCAAAUGCCAAUUUAAUGAGCGAACGUCGGCAUAUAUACGUAUCUGUUUCUAAGUAUUCACUUGCGCGCAACACUCAAUAUAGAAGCUGCUGUGCAUCAAUUUGCUGAUUUCAUUCGGCGUACUGAUUUAGAAGAAACGACGAGACUCAUUCAUUAUUAUAUUUUUCUGCGAAAUUGUUCAGUUAAGAAUAGUGCCAGACAGACAAAAUAAGUGAAAAACAAAAGAAAAAGAAAAACACCAACCAGUGCGUCUUAAAAAAGAACACGAAAACAAGGGAAAUCGUUUAGAUAUUGUGUAGCUCAGUUUGUUCACAGUGAUUUUUUUUUCGCAUCUCAUAUUCAAAAUGUGCUAUUAUGCGGUGAUAACAUGUCGCAGUUUGGCAUGGUUUUUAUUAACCAUUGUUGCCGAUCUAUUUAUUUUAACGGCAAUGGAGAGUCCAAAAUGGCUUGUGGGUCCUCAAUCAUACAUCAUAGACGAUUCAAUGGCCGAGAAUACAACCAUACAACGAUAUCCAUCGGUUGGAAUUAAUACUCGAUGCAUUCUAAUGAAGAAUGUAAAUGCAGUUAAUUUCAACUGUGGUCCAUUUGAUUUAGAUGGAUUUGCGACUGAAAAUAAUGUCUAUCCACUGCCAUGGAAAUUUGCCAGGUUUUUCAUCGUUUUGGGUUUUAUUAUAAUGACAUUGACCUUAAUUUUAACAUUGGCCACAUUUUGCCGUCAAUCGAUAUUUGGAAAGAGCAUUCACACUAUCACCGGAUCUGCUCAAGCAUUUGCAGCGAUUUGUGUGCUGAUUGCAUUAUUUUUGCAUCCGUUUGCAUGGGGUCAUGAUCGUGUAAAACGCUUAUGUGGAUCAGAAUCUUCAGCCUAUUGGCCAUCCGAUUGUAGUUUGGGAUGGUCAUUGUAUUGUGCCAUAAUAAGUGUGAUUUUUGGUUUUGUUUGUGCAUCGAUGAGCAUAAAAGCUGAAUCGGCAAAUAUGAAUAUAAAUGUGAAGAGACGUAUCGAGGCUGGAGAAAGAUUACUAUGUGUCAUGUGAAUACUACUACUCUAUAUAGUAUAUGUGCUUUAUUACAAUCAUUUGUAGAGAAGUUUUUGGUCUUCGUAAAAAACAAAAGGAAAAACAAUGUCUCAGGAAUUCACUUUGAAAUUACAAAUUUUACACUAAUCAAUUCUAACAUUCAAAUACGCUCACGCACACACGCACACAUAUAAUUGUAAUGCAUGAAUAUUCUCGCACGAGAAACGAAAAACAGAUUAUGAUGAUGUGCCGAGUUUCAAACAGUUGAUGUCGAACUGAGGAAGGAACAAAUUUAAAAAAUAAUAAUGUAUUAUUGAACGUGCACCUUUUUUGAUACAUUUCAAAAGAUUUUUUCACAAAAAUAUAUUUUAUAAACGAAAAUAUAAUAUUCCAAAAUCAUAUAUGCAUAUGAUACAUUUGUCAUUUUGUUGAUUUUUUUUUUAUAUUAAUGAAGAAAAGAAGAGCUAAAAUUUAUUAAACCCACAUAAUCCAAAGAUGUUAGAAACACAUUUGCGAAAGCAAUUAAAAUACUUAUUAUGAUAUCAUCCCGUUCAAUUGGAGCAUCACUAACAAAAAAUGACGGACCACAUGAAUUGCCGCACAUUCUCAGAUUCCGAAACGUGGUUUAAUCAUUUUUUUUUUGCUCGUAAAAAACACUUCUUUGUGUAGUCAAUGUUCUUUGUGUUAUUAUUAUUCAUUUUUUUUUUAAAUUAAAACUAACAUAAUGUACGGAACA